GUUACCAGACACGGGCCCUCGCAGCUGCGGCGGCGCGCCCUUACCGCGGUCAUGCUGUUCUUCCUGCUGGGCCUGCCAUGGCUGCUGGGGCCGCCGGCCAGGGUGCCGGCACUCGCCUACCUCUUCUGCGUCGUCGCCACGCCGCAGGGGCUGGUGCUGUUCGUGUUCUUCGUGCUGUGCAACAGCAAGCUGCGGAAGCGCCUGAGCAGCGCGGUGCUGACUUCGCUGCCGACGUCCAGCAGCUCUCGGGCGUCCAGCACGCGCAAGCAGAAGAAGCAGCCGCCGGGAACCGCGGACACGUCGCCGCCCACGUCGUCUUCCGCGGUGCCGACGUCCGGAGACGGCAGCGUCCGCAGCCGGCAGCGGCAAACCGAGCGCCCGCUGCAGAAGGGGCCGCCCGUGCUGCUGACGCGCUACGCUCUCGUGGGCGAGGACGGCGAGGUGCGGUACACGUUCGACCUGGGCUCCUGGUCCCCGGACGACGGCAACCCUACUGACGCUGCCUACAUGCCGACCUCUCCGGAGCGGCGCUCUGUCACCAAGUACGUGUUCCCAGAGCCGGAACCAGAACGGGACGACGACCAGUAACAGCAACUGGUCCCGCACUAUCCUACUUCUA